GUCGCGGACACUCGCAGGCACUCGCGACGCCCAGACGGGACGACGACAAGGUAUUUAUACAGCCCCCAGCACUGCGAUGUCGGACUCAUUUCUAGCACCCAUCACCCAGCAAUCAACAUGGCCUACCGAAUGAAGGCACCCGGCGUCCCCUCGGACAGCAUUCUCUACUACAAGCCCGAUGCGGGCGGCAACGUCGUCUUUGGCUUGCUUUAUGAGGCCGUCGCACUGCUCCUUUUUGCCAAUCUCGUCAACCACCGCGACUGGUGGGCGCUCUGCCUGCCGAUCGGCGCCGCGCUCCAAGGCGCAGGCUUCUUCCUCCGGCUGCCGCUCGCCAACGAGCCGCAGAGCCUCCCGCUCUAUCUGCCAAUGGAUAUCUUUAUCGUCCUCGCGCCCGCCUGCUACUUUGCCUUCAACUACAUCUGGUUCGGCCGUCUGGUGCAGCGCUUGGAGCAGCACGUCCGCCUGCCGAGAAAGCGCGCCCAUCUCACCUUUCUCCCGCCGCAGAAGUUCGGCCUGAUCUUUAUUAUCUCCGACGUCACCACCUUUUUGGUGCAGGCUGCUGGCGGCGGGAUGCAAGUCAAGAUCAAUCUGCAGUCGGCUGGCUCGACGGUGUUUCUGAUUGGUAUCAUUGCGCAAUUUGCUUCCUAUGUCUUUUUCCUUGCGCUCGCGGUGCCCGUCGUCCAGUUUGCGCGACGAAACGACAGCGUCGAUGGCACGCAGCGCGUGAAACUGCGUGCGCUGCUGCUCGUUCUGGCUUUUUCCUCCGUCUGGAUCAUUGUUCGGUCCGUGUACCGCACCAUCGAGCUCGCGCAGGGCUACAACGGGUCCAUUUCCACAAAGGAGUCCUGGUUCUUUGGCCUCGACUCUGCGCCGCUGCUGCUCGCCAUUGGCGUGUACAUCUUCUACUGGCCGUCGUCGCUAGUCGAGCUGCAGGACGCCAUGCAGAAGCGCGUCCGCCCGCCAAUGCGCACCGUGCCGUGGGACAUGAGCCACGGUCAGCGCUAUGCCUGGAUGGCCGAGAAGUGCGAGCUCCCCCUGACAAACGACCCGUCUCCGGAUGAGCUGCGCACCGCAUUCACGCAGCGCGCGUGAUCUUUCUACUUAUGCCUUUAGUAUUGAUCGGCACCUAAAUCUACAUGCUUUAUUGCUGGAAUGAUAGCCAACGCCAUACUAUCGAUACAAAUGGCAUCAGCGGCGCUUCGAUUGAAAUGCCACGCAGCCACGUGCAAAGUAAACAUGCUCCAAUGCUUCCCUUCCGAAC